UCAACCUGAACGCAACGUGUGCGGUUCUUUCAAAUCCCCAAUUCGCAUUCUACGGUCCGGUCUUCGGUUUUCAACGGCACACAAAAACCAAUCAAGUUCGCCAAUAAAAAAUAGUAAACAAAUACAGCAGAAGCGGGAAUAAAAUAUAUACAUAUAUGUAAAAAAAAAAACUAGAAAGAGGCAACAAUUGAAUGAUAGUGGAACGCUAGCGGAAUUAUGAAAGAAUUGGCUUAAAAGCCACAUCGAUAGGGCCAAACGCUAAAAAAGAGUUGGAAAGUAAAAGCUGACAAAAACGGAGCAUAAACAUGAACAGCGAUGAGGUGCAACUGAUUAAGAAGACCUGGGAAAUCCCUGUGGCAACACCCACAGAUUCUGGAGCGGCGAUACUGUCGGAGUUCUUUGCCCGCUAUCCGUCCAACUUGGAGAAGUUCCCCUUCCGUGAUGUUCCAGUGGAGGAGUUAGCCGAAAAUGCUCGUUUCCGAGCGCAUGCCGGCAGGAUCAUCCGAGUCUUUGACGAGUCAAUCAAGGUUCUGGGGCAGGAUGGCGAUCUGGAGAAGCUGGACGAGAUCUGGACUAAGGUGGCCGUCAGUCAUAUUCCGCGGACCAUUACCAAGGAGUCUUAUAAUCAAUUGAAAGGCGUUAUCCUGGAGGUGCUGACCGCUGCCUGCAGUCUAGACGAAAGUCAAGCGGCCACGUGGGCCAAGCUGGUGGACCACGUCUAUGGCAUCAUCUUCAAAGCGAUCGACGAUGACGGCAACGCCAAGUAGAGGAGGCACCUGCAGCAGAUGCAACCGAUUCCGAGGAUGCACCUAAUGCCGGCGGUGGCACUUGCAACACAUGCACAGCUUAUGUAGUUCUAAGUAAUUGAUAAAUGUUAGCUAUUCUCGUUUUGUAAUAAUGAAUGCGAAUGUCCAAAGCGAACACACACAGUGGAAAUCAAUGUAUGCGUAGAGCUACUCACACACGCGCACUCCCCACACACACACCCGCACUUGCAUUGCUCUGUAAAGCUUUAACCCAUUGUCAGCCUUAAGCACUUGAUAACAAAGGAAUAAAUGAAAUCAACAGAGGAGAAAUAAGAAAGCUUAUAAAUAAAAUCCAGUUCGAAAUCA